GCGAUACAACUAGUAUUAAUGUCAUUCCAAUCCAGAAAGCCCAAAGCAAUAUCUAUUAAUGAAGGAAAUAUUAUCCUGAUAUAUCAAAGUAUUAUAUGCUCAUGUAGCAACUAUUAUCCCUAUAUACCAGACUAGUAUCUUGUCAUUCAACAACUAUUAUCUAGAAAGCCCAGAGUAAUAUCUGUGCAUGAAGCUACUAUUAUCCAUAUAGCCCUGACUACUAUCUACUUAACCUGUGCUUUCAUUACAAUAUCCAUCAUUAUAAGAACUACAAUCCAGAACAUAAAGAACAACCAUCCAUUAUUAAAAAAAAUGUUAUUCAAUUUCUUGGUCCUCAUAUUCCUCUGACUCAUUUUCCUGUGGCUGUUUGCCACGGUUAGGUCUUGAGGAUUCGCCUUCUACUCGCUACCUCUUUGCAGUUCCUUUAGUUCUUGUCAUUUUGAUUUUCCUGCACAGAAAAUAUCCUGACAUAAGCUAACUAAUAUCUGAACUUCACAUUAACUAUAUCCAUAACAUUCAGAAGUAAUAUCAAUGAAGUCAUAUCCACAUUCGUCAAACAAAAACUCAGUCUAUCAUACAACUGAUAUCCUUAAAGAUGACAACUAAUAUCAAUGAGGUGAUAUCCAAAUACAUCAAAACAAUAUCCAUGAAAGUAUACAACUCAUAUCACUACUCAUCAAACUAAUAUCAAUGAAUUGACAUCCAAAUACAACAGAAAACUAUCCAGUCGAGUUUAUACUAAUAUCCCAAAUCCACAAAAAACCUAGCAUCCCAUGCCACAGAAAACAAAUCCAGAAACUCAUCCAAAAUAACGAAGCAAAAGAAAGAAUCCAGAUCCAGUGGUUCCAUUAAAUUAGAAAACAAAUCCAUAAAAUCCAUAAAAACUCAUUAAAAAAUCGAAGAAAAAAAUCUAGAUCCAGCGGUUUCCAUGAAAUCAGGAAAAAAUCCAUAAAAACCCAUUAAAAAAAUUGAAGUAAAAGAAAAACCCAGAUCUAGUCGAAUCCAUGAAACCGAAGAUCAAAUAUAUGCAAUCCAACUAGGGAUGGCAACCAAACCCGAACCCACGGGUACCCACCCGACCCAACCCGGUCAACGCGGGUAAAAUCCGUGUUGACGGGUUUUGGGUUGGGUUUGGGUUUAAACCCGUUCACUAUUCACCGGGUUGGGUUGGGUUUGGGUUUAGGUAAACCCGACCCGUGGGUACCCGCCCACACAUAUAAUUAAUUUUCUCGGUAUAUUUAAUAUUUUAAACAACUAAUCUUAUUUAUGUUUGUGGAGACAUGUCUAAUUUUUUUCUUUCUAAUUGUGUAGAAUGAAGUUUGUGUUAUCGAGUGGAGAGUGAAGAAACUUAAUUGAAAGGAAGAAGCCUUCAAUUAAUAUGUUAUUUAUGGAUAAUUUAUGAUUUACUUCAAUUUUCUUGAGUUUUCUAGAUUGCGUUGAACAAUUUGUAUAGUUAAUUUGUGAUUUGCUUGAAUUUUCUAGAAUAGUGUUUUAAAUAUGGAUAAUUUGUAUUGAGAGAUUGAUAUUUGACUUUAAUUUUGAUAGGAACAUGUUAUUGUAAAUUUUUUACGACAAAAACCCGUGGGUACCCAUGAACCCGCGGAUACCCAGCGGGUUGGGUUGGGUUUGAGUUUUUCAAACCCAGUGGGUUUUACCCCGGGUUUUUUUCACGGAUAAACCCAUGGGUUUGGGUUUGGCAAAACCCGACCCAACCCGACCCAUUGCCAUCCCUAAAUCCAACGGAAGGAGAAGGGGAAGGAGAAGACGUCUACCUCAACGGCGUCAGUCGCCUUCUUUUUCUUUGUUUAGCGACUGCUACGGUAGUCGAAUCCGUCUUCACCACAGUGGUGCCGUCAAAAUCGUCAUCGUUGCAGCCUUGAAAGUCGUUGUCGCCGCUGCCGUGAAAGCCACAGUCGCCGAUGCCUUGAAUGUCGUCGUCGCCGUCGUCGGUAUUGGGAAAGGAAGGGGAGAGAAAGUGUUUUCGGGAGAGGAAGGGGAGAGAAAGUGUUUUUGAAUUUUGGAAAGAGAGUGAAAGUGAACGGACAGAGAAAUAUCAAAGAGAGGAGGGAGGGAUUUGAGUAGAUAAAAUCAAUUGUGUUUUUUGAAUUUGUGGACCAAGUGGACCCCACUUUUUUGUCUUAGAGUGUCUGGGCUUUGUCCAGCCGAUGGACACGGCUCUCCUCCCCUCACAAGCUGGCGCCAACCUUCCUCCACCGUCUGAUCUCGGCGACGUGGGUGGCCAUCCGACCCUGUGAGUAUAUACUCACACUAUAUGCUAUGAGCAGGAUAACUAGAUUGGUCAUUCUGACCAUGCGAUUCAUGUCAAAACGGUAUCAAUUGUUGCUUAUGAUACUAUGAACAAGAAGCACAUGAAUUUGAAAAAAAUUCAUUCAAAAUUUACUUUAAUUUGAAGGAUUUAGGAUUUAGGGAUUUAGGGUUAGGGUUUAGGUUUACAAUUUGGGAUUUUGGGUUGGGAUUCAAAAUUAAAUGUUAAGGGGGUUAGGGCAAUGGAUUGAUUUGUUAUGAUUCUAUGUCAUAUCAUCAUAUUAUAUUGAGAGUACUAAUUAAAGUUCAAAAUUUGAUGUAUUAUGGACGCUUUUAGAGUUGGGUGCACUGAGUGCACCCAACUCUAAAGUUAGCCAUAGAUAUCAAAUUUUGAAUUUUAACUAGUAGCAUUAGUAUAAUACGAUGAUAUAAUAAAUGAUCACAACUAAUCAAUCAAUUACUUAAACCCCUAAACCUUCAAUUUUGAACACCAACCCAAAAUCCCAAAUUGUGAAUCCUAACCCUAACCCUAAAUCCCUAAAUCUUAAAUCCUUCAAAUCAAAGUAAAUAUAUGAUGAUUUCUUUUGUAAAUUCAUGGGGUUUCAUGUCUAUAAUGUCACAAGUAAUGAUUGACAUCGUUUUGACAUGAAUCGCCUAUUCAAAAUGGCGAUUAUGAGGUGGGUGCACUAAACGCACCCAAAAAAGUGAGUGAACCAUAGACACCACCAUAUAUAUAUAUAUAUUGUUUCUCAAUCAAAAAUAAAUAAAUAAUGGCUAAAUGUUAUGAUUAUGUGUUUCUUUAUGUUUUUUUUACACACUCUUUUUUUGGAAAAAAUCCAAAAGUACCACUGUGUAAAAAAAAAUUCCAAAAAUACCACCCAAUCCCAAAAAAUUCCAAAAAUACCAUCCUUUUUCAAAAACCGCCAACCCACCCUGCGGUUUACACGAAAACCGUUUGUCGGGGGCGCGGAUUUCUAUGCAAACCGCGGGCCUAGGGGGCGGUUAUAAAAAAAAAAUUUUGGAUCAAACCGCUGGGUGGGGUCCACCCAGCGGUUUGGUCCAAUUUUUUUUUUUUUUAUCAACUCCUAACUUCGGCCGAAACUUCAAACGAACGUAACUUUGCACUCGGGUAUCCGAUCGAUGCGAUUUUUUUUUCAUUUCGCAUAAAUUUUCAAGAUCUACAACUUUUAGAAGGAUGAAAUUUUCAAAACAGGAACUAUUUGUGGAUAUACGGGACCUUGGGAAUAACUUUACCUUGACUUUUCACAAAUCCAUGUACAUUUUGAAAUUAUGAUUAUAUUAAAAGUUGUAGAUCUUGAAAAGUUAUGUGGAAUAAAAAAAAAUUCAUGACAUUCGGAUUUUGGAGCACAAAGUUAUGGCCGCCCAAAGUUUGACGAAAUAAAAAAAAGGCUCGUUCGGGGUGGCAAAUGACGUUUUUUCGAGACGAAGGCGGGACCCGGCGGUUUGCGGCUUGCAAGAUCUCAAAAAGUUAUUCGGAUUCAAAAAAUGGAGGCAACUUUUUGAGAUCUUGCAAGCCGCAUACCGCCGGGUCUCGCAUUUCGUCAAACUUUGAGCGGUCAUAACUUUGUGCUCCAAAAUCCGAAUGUUAUGAAUUUUUUUUUAUUCCGCAUAACUUUUCAAGAUCUACAACUUUUAACAUAAUCAUAAUUUCAAAAUGUACAUGGAUUUGUGAAAAGUAAAGGUAAAGUUAUUCU